GUCUAUGUUGUGCGUGUAAUAUAACUAAAAAAUAAAACAAAAAAAAAUAAAAAAUAUUUGUGUGUUUUUCUUACAUAUUUUAUUAAUCUUAACAAAAUAUUGUAGUAUUAAAUUAAAAGUCUUAAUGUGCGUUUAAACUAACAUAUAAUAUCUGUUGUUUACUCUUUUUUUUAACGAAUAGAAACAGAAAAAUCGUGAGGCUGUCGAAAGUCUCGUGCUGCAGAAGGGCUUCAAAAACAAUUAAAUUGUAUUUUUAUAUGUUAUCAGUUAGUUAUUAAAAUAAUAAGUAAGAAAAACACCACAAAAAAAUGGUGGCUGGCAAAUCAUCUACUCCCCGGGAGCCUAAAUUUGAUUUAUCAAAAGUAUCAGCCCGUGUUGAUCGUGUCAAUGUUAGUGGUUUAAUGCGCACGCACAACGAUUAUGUUAUGAAAGCUGCCGAAAGCCUUUUCAAGGCAACAAAUUUCCAAGAUCUAAUGGUUGAAUCCAUGCACGCCAAAUCAUAUUUACAUGAAUUGGGCAUAUUUAAAGAUGUCAGUGUACACAUUGAUAUUAGCCGAGGCGAAAAUGCCUCACCCAAUGGCUAUGAGGUGACUUUCAAAGGCAAAGAACUGUCACGCAUUGUGGGUUCGGUGGGUACUGAGGUGGGCCAAAAUGAGGGUUCUUUGCGCACCGAACUGACGGUGCCGAAUUUAUUUGGCCGCGGUGAAAGUGUUUCGUUACAAGGUUCCUACAGCAGUAAACGGGCGAAUGAUAUACAAUUGAAAUUUUGGAAAUCAUAUUUUCAUACACGUCUGGUGGAUAAUAGACCAGAAGUAUCCUUUUCCUUGUUCCGUCAUAUUGACCGUAUGGAUGUUAGUAAUUUCAAAAAUACCAGUUUAGGAUGUUUAGCCGAAAUUGCACUCAAUACUUUAAGACCAAUAGAGUUAACCCACUCCCUACAAUAUGAGGCCUCCGUGCGAGAAGUUUCCUUGCUAAUGAAAAACGUACCCAUGGCUAUACGAGAACAUUGUGGUCCCAAAUUGGCUUCCCUGCUGCGCUACUCAGUGAUUUUUGAUCAACGCGACAAUCCAGUGUUUCCCACUCAAGGCCUAAUGAUUAAAUCGAUAAAUGAAUAUUGUGGUCUGGGCGGCAAUGUAGCCUAUGUAAGUAAUAAUACCCAUGCUGAGGUUAGUGUGCCAUUGUUUGGUGGCCUGGUAGCUCAGGUAUGUGGCCGUGUGGGUAUUAUUAAGGAGACAAAAAAAACGACCAUAUUGCCCAUAAAUAAUUUAUACUAUUGUGGUGGUCCUUUGACCCUAAGAGGAUUUAAAUAUGGUGGUGCGGGGCCAGUUGUAGAGGGUACACCCAUAGGAGCACAAACAUAUUGGUCUACGGGCUUCCAUUUAUGGGCACCUUUGCCUUUUAAUAAAGUAUUUAAAGGUUUGGCCGAUAAUUUCCGCACACAUUUGUUUUAUAAUUUGGGAAAUUUCAAUACAUUCUCUACAGAAAAUCUACGCAGUGCGUGUGGUAUUGGUUUGGCAUUUAAAUUGGCAGAACGAGCUCGCAUAGAAUUCAAUUAUUGUGUACCUUUACGCAAGUUUGCCGGUGAUAGAGUUGAAAAUGGUUUCCAGUUUGGUAUUGGCUAUGAAUUUGUUUAAACUUUAACUAAACUAUGUAGUUUAAAAUACCAACUAAAAUGAAGGCUAUAUUUUACUUACUCUAAACAAUAAGGUUUUAUUAAACGAAACAAAAAAUUAAAGAAAAUCAAACAGUAAUAAUAAUAAAUGUGAAUAAAUUGUUAAAAUUGUCAUUAUUAUAUUAAUGUAAUAGUUUAACAUAACUCUAUAUAAAAAUAAAAAAACAAACCUACAAAUACAAUUACUAACCAGAAACACAAAUACCAUAAAACAUCUUGAAGUCAUUAUUACAAACAAACUGCAGAUAUUUAGUAAUUAUACUUGUAUAGUUAGACAUAUUUAAAUUUUCAUUUUUUGCUUAGUUUAAAUACUAACCCAACAAUAUUGUUAACACCUUAUUAUUUAAAAAAAAUGUAAAGAAGUUUUCUUAAAGCCCUAA